CUCCACUUCCCUCCCUUUUAUCUAACUCCCAUCUAACAGCCAUGUGCGACGUCAGCAACCCCGCGAUCUCUGCUGCUGUGGAUGAUGUCAAGUCGGACGGCUCGGCCACCAACUGGCUUGCGCUCGGCUACGAGUCCAAGAAGAAGCUGCAGGUUGACGCCACCGGCGAGGGCGGGUACGACGAGCUCAUGGCCUUCCUCACCGACGACAAGAUCACGUACGCCCUGCUGCGGCUGACCGACGGCGACCAGGAGUCGCAGCGGAUCAAGUUUGUGGCCAUCACUUGGGUCGGCCAGAACGUUGGUGGCAUGGCCCGCGGUCGGGUCACCGUCCACAAGCCCUCGGUCACCGAGGCCUUUGGCCAGUUCCACAUCGAGCUCCGCGCUGAGGAGAAGAACGAGUGCUCGGAGAAGAUCAUCCGCGCCAAGCUCAAGAAGGCCGGCGGCGCCGACUACGACACCGGCUCCAACAAGGGCGGCUACAAGUCGUCGGGAGGCUCGAUCAAGAAGCGUGCGCUUGAGAACUACUCCAAGAAAGAGGCCGAGGGCAACAUCGGCCCGGUUGUCUACGAGACCAAGGCCCUGCCCAAGACCACUCCUGUCGAUCUCUCCGGCCGCCCCAUGGUUGCCCCGCCUUCCGAGGCCCGCAAGAACACCAAGGACACAAUCCUUGACCGCUCCAAGUUUGAGGGCCAGGCCGAUCUGGGGACGACGACGACGACGACGACGACGACGUCCGCUGCUGCCGCCCCCGAGCCGCAGCCGGAGGCCGAGGCCGAGCCAGAGGCUGAGGUUGAGGCCGAGGUUGAGGCCGAGGCUGAGGCCGAGGCUGAGGCCGAGGCUGAGGCCGAGGUUGAGGUUGAGGCUGAGGCUGAGGUCGAGGCUGAGGCCGAGGUUGAGGCUGACGCUGAGGCCGCCGAUGGUGAGGAGAAUGCCGAGGAGGCAGACGAGUAG